CAUUUAGUGAUGGUACCUUCGCCCAAGAAUAGAGGGUGGGAAGAAGCACUUCACUCACUAGCCAAAUCAACCUCAAGAUGAUGAUGACCUGAACCAUACCAUACACAACCAGUAGGUCCUAUUGUUUUCUCGGAGACGGCAAGUUCUUGCUCUUAUGGAAACCAUACUUCAAUCUCUUCCUCUAGUUACUAUUCCUAAAGCUCAUCACUCCUCCUCCUCUGCCUCUUCAUCCGCAAUCUUCUUCCAUUGCAAUGCCUCUUCAGUAGCUUGUACUUCUGCAACUCGUAAUUUUCCAAAGGGAUUUCUCUCAGUUUGUCCUUCCAGAGCAAAGGACAAGAGUAGCCUCGGGGCUUUAUAUGCUUCACAAGCUGAAACCCCUCCUACCGAAGCUGCAGAAAGAUGGCUUCUUGUUCCUGUUGGAGAUGGUGAUUCAAGGCACAUAGGCUUCAAGGUUGAGAUGCCAGGUGCAUAUGAAAUUGCUUCUAGUGAUGUGACUGUUGGACGUGUUCCAGAGAAAGCUGAUUUGGUAAUUCCAGUUGCAACAGUUUCUGGUGUGCAUGCACGCAUUCAGAAGAAAGGAGGGGAUCUUCUGGUCACAGAUUUGGAUAGCACCAAUGGAACAUUCGUUGAUGACAAGAAGCUGAGACCCGGAGUGGUUGCUACUGUGUCUUCUGGAAGCUGCAUUACAUUUGACAAAGUAGAAUGUUCAUGACUUUAGAGAAGGGGAGGAUUAGUUGGAGCAUUAGAUAAUUGUGAUGAAGUGGUUUCAGCAUCACAACCCAACAUCGGAAUAUACAUGAAUGUAAUCAAAAGAAUUGGUCAGUUGUUAUUAGUAAAAAGAGUUUCACGAUUUUUGCGUUCAAAAUUGUGUAAGGAAUUUGUAAUUUCUUCAUUAAAGAACUAAGUUAUAUAAAGAUGCGGCGUUAUAACUCCUUUUGGGGUUGUAGAUAUAUGUGUAUUUUGAGAGACCAAACCAUGUUAAAACUUCAUGUUCUUUUCUCAUUCCUUCUCUUGCACGUACUUUCAGUCAAUAUGUCUGCAUGUCUGACAGCUCAAACAGAUGAAUUAU